CUAAAUCAUAUGCCUGGUGUAACCUUCUGUACUGAUGGUUAAAAUAGCGUUGAAAGCAUUUUUUUCAUUUUGAAAUCUUUCCAGUGAACUUGCUUCGUACAUUUGCAAAUAUACAUGGAUGGCCCGGAUCAAGGUUGGGCAUGGGCUGUGGCCUUGGCAGCGUGCGCCAUCAAUUUCAUCAUGGCCGGAUUGGGUAGAAUGUCCGGCAUUCUCUAUGUGGCCUUCAUCGAUAUUUAUAGGUUGGAUAGGAAAGGUGCUUCCACGCCAUUUAGUGUCAGAUCUUCAACCAGAAAUCUGCUAGGUCCUGUGGUCGGAAUCCUGGGUCAAAAAUAUGGCAAUCAAGUGGUCAUCAUUUCAGGAGCUGUCAUGUCCACAAUCAGCACUAUACUCUGUUUCUUCGUUGAUGACAUCGGUUGGAUAACUGUUCUUUGGGGUGGACUGGGCGGUGCAGGGACGGCUUUAACCACUGUUUUGGUCCAAGUAGUAGUUGGCCAGUAUUUCAAAAAAUACCGAACAACAGCCAUAGGGAUGGGCUUUUCCGGAGGCUGUGUUGGAUCAUUCCUCUUCCCUGCCUUAAUGGAAUGGCUGUUGAAUACUUGCGGAAUUGAAGGCACAUUCCUCAUCAUUGCUGGCAUCAUUAUGCACUGUAUUCCGGCAGCCAUGAUUCUCAGGAAGCCACCAUGGCUCAAUAAAAAGCCUGUUAAAGUGUCAAAGGACCCAGUCAUCCAUCAAAUAAACAAUUAUUCAAUAAAAUGUAAGGAAGAAACAAAAGAGUCAUCAGAAAAAGUCGUGGACAUUCAGUUUCUAAGAAGCAAUAGCGAUUUGAUUUUAAAGCUUUUGCUUUUGAAAACUCCAGGAGAUGAACCAGAUAAUAAACUUUUGGAAGUAGAGAAUGCGUCAGUGAAUUCGGCUCAAAUAUGCAUUUUGGAAAGUCUAGAAGAUAUGUAUGCUCAUCAACAAAAUUCUAAAACAAAUGGACAUAUUGAUAAGGAGCUCGCUUGUAAAAACAAUGUCGUAAAGGGCCUCUUACUCGAAAGUGGACUCAAAGUAAUAACUAAUCCUAGAAGCAAAAGCUUCAAUGUUGAAAAGACUGCAGAAUCUGGUGCUGCAAAAAAUGUUAAUGGAAAUUGGACCAGAAGAAGUUCUAUACCCGAUGUCUCAAAAAUGUCCAAGAAAGUAUCGCGGCAGUAUGUCUUAUUGAAGAUUAAAAACAUUCUUUAUACAAACCCAAAUCAAAUCCCAAUUUUGUUCCCAGAUGAAAACAGGACAAAUAUUCUCAAAGUAGUUUCAGAACUUCGAAAACUAUACUGCAACCAUGACUGGUCGCAAUGUGAAAUAGAGAAAAAAAGACCAUCACUAGAAAAUAGUCAAAAAUCUAUGGAUAAAAAACAGUCCAAUUCUUUCUGGACUAUUUUUAAGACAAUGAUAAAAUUAUUUCGAAAUCCUCUGUUUGUUCUCGUUUGCUUAUGUCGCACUGUCCACUUUUUGACUUUUUUGCCCAUAGUGACCACCAUAGUGGAUUUUGCUAUCGACAGAGGUUUCCGCGAAGACGAAGGAUCUUAUGUCAUAGCUGCCUUGUCGUUGGGAGAUCUUCUGGGACGGCUUUGCUUGGGAUGGGUGACUGACAAAGGCUUCAUGGGUGUUCCUCGAUAUUUACUGGUGGGAAUGGUGCUCCAAGGAGUUAAUACUGCAACGAUACCUUUCAUGCCAAAUAAAGCUACCGUUUACGUGUCCCUUUGUAUUUUUGGCAUGCUACAAGGCUCUCUUUUUGUUCGGCAUCCUGUUCUAGUGCAAAGGUAUAUGCGAAGUGAUGUUCAGUCACUUGCCAUUGGCUGUAUGAACUUUUUUCCUGGAUUACUGGGCAUGGCAUUGCCACUUUAUAUCGGUUAUUUCAGAGAUACAUUGGGAACCUACGAUUAUAUUAUGUACAUCAACGGUUUAGUGGGAAUUGUUAUUGGACUCAUGUGGAUUUUAGAGCCGUUCCUCCUGCGUUGCUUUCCACCCGAAGGAAGUGAUAAUUCUUGAUUAAAGCAUGGUGUCUAUUGGUUAUUUCUGCUUUUCAUAUCGAACAAAGAAGAAAUUCAUUUCUCAUACCAAAUUUAAUCGUCUGCAAAUAAUUUCAUCGCUGCUUCAAUUUUAACCGAAAUGACUGUGGAAGCAUUUAAAAAUAUUUCGCGCAAUUUCUUAUUAUUAUAUGUAGUUUCUUAUACAUAUAUCAUUCACUAAUCUUGCUUUUAAUAGAUAUAAAAGUUGGCAAUGACACUUAAACAGAAUGCAGAAUGGAAAAUGGCAUAAUAUACUUUAUGCUCUCAGAGAAAUAAAGAUUAUUCUCUGUAAAAUGAAAGAAGCGCAAAAUGUUGCUUAUGUGCGCGGGAAACGAGUAUUUUAUUAAUACAUUAACAACAAAUUCGUACGAAGGUAGUUUUAGAAUUUCAAAAAGGCUAUUUUCAAUUUGUUUGCAUUUAUGUAAAAAAAAAAAGUAAUAUGAUCAGAAUAUGAGAGAUCAAUCGGCUAGAGACAAUUUUUGCCGAUUUGUAUUUCUGUUUUUAUAUUUGAAGAAAUGAUAUUGGAUAUUUGACAAUAAUUUUUAAACAAAUGUGAAUUAGAAUUCGAUUCUAAAUCAGAAUUAAUUCAGAUAAACAUAGAUAACCUCGAAAGUAAUUUUUUUAAGUGAAAUGUUGCCCGCCGUUAAAAUAUUUAUUAAGUAUCUUCAGAUAAUAUUCAUUUAAUAUUUUUCCUGUUAUAUAUUAUGUUUUCAAACAAUUUUUUCUACAGUUUAUUUAUUGCAAAUAAAUAUUCAUAAUCAUAGUUCUUGUUUUCGUUAUUGUAUCCAAUUUUUACAAAUAUUCUUAAUGAAGUCAAGCGUGAUUUUUAUAUAGAAAAUAUUAUUCUUGUUAUUGCUCACCAUUUUUCAUACAAUAUAAUUCGGAACAGUUUAAAUUAAUAAGGGCAAUAUUCUUCAUAAUUUUUCUUCUAAGAAUUGUUCUUUUAUUUCAAAACCAGUGAUAUAUUUUCUAUGUUAUUUAUGAAAUAAAUUUCUAUUUUACA